CAAUUAAGCUGCAAACACAUAAUGCACAAAAAGACAUUAACUUUAUUCAUUAGACGUAUAACAUUUAAAACCCAUCUGAAAAACAGCUAUUGAGAUACCGUUCCUGUGACAACUAGCCCCGGCUGUGUUCCAGGUCACUGCUCUUCUCCACAGCUCUUGAUCACAGAGUUUAUGUGACGUAAUUACAUGGCGUGGUAUCGUGUCCAAGUCUGCGAGAUGGAUCCAAACUCUAGAGGCGGGGAGACUGUUUCCAUAACGGUAUCCAACAGAACACAAUGUAAUGCACAAGUAGUCGGAUUAUGACCGUUUGAAAAACAGCCGUUCUCUCAGAUGAAAAGCAUUUGGAGAACAGCGAAAUCAGAUCUUCUUUGAACAAACCCAUCAGUAGAGUUGAUCAGAAAUGGCUGCUGAUUAUAACGGCUUCUGGAAAAUGAUCUCCAACGAGAACUUUGAAGAGUACCUGAAAGCUCUGGAUGUAAAUGUAGCUAUUAGAAAGAUUGCCACCUUGCUGAAACCUGAUAAAGACAUCACUCAGAACGGAGAUCACUUCAUCAUCAAGACUCUCAGCACAUUCAAGAACUACAACAUGGACUUUGUGGUUGGUCAGGAGUUUGAGGAGGAUCUGAGUGGAGUGGACGACAGGAAAUGUAUGACCACCAUCACCUGGGAUGGAGAUAAACUGGUGUGUGUGCAGAGAGGAGAGAUCGAGGGGAGGGGAUGGACACACUGGAUUGAGGGAGAUGAACUUCACUUGGAGCUGCGAGCCGCUGGGGUUGUGAGUAAACAGGUCUUCAAAAAGGCUUAAACCUGUACCGACAUUGUAAACUAACGCAAGAGAUCCAGGAAAACCCAACACUUUAAAGUACAUUUUCUAGCAUCUCUCCAUCUAUCUAUCUGUCUGUCUCUGUGCACCAUCAUCUGUGCUAUUGUGAAACCAGACAAACACCAUCUGUGAUAGUCUGUCACAAUCUAUAAGUGCUUGUUUGUUCUGAUCCUCACAGAGGAAGAUCUCCAGCGACUUUCCUUCUUAGGUGCCGCCGCUCGUCGUUUAGAUGUUAUUUACAUUAGUGGUGUAGAGAACACUGGGACAAGUUGCUCUGCAAGUGAACCAUCAAACAACAGGUGCGUCAGGAUAUUGUCUGGGACGCAACAAGAACGGUCCUCAGAUUGGGAGCUUCUGUGUACAAAAGUAAUGAGACUCCAGAGAGGAUGUGCUGAAGGAAAAAUGAUGUGACGAGUCUGAGUGCCGCCCGGAUGCUGUCGCUCUGAUUGAAGAGCCUGCCGGUCUCUUGGGUUCUGAGCAUGGCAGGGUUUUGCUUUCCUUCCCAUCAUGCUUCUGUGACUGUGCACACAAAAGAAUACAUAAAUGCAUUGCUUUUGCUCUUCAUAUGCGUCUUAAUGUGUUUGCUUGAACUUUUUAUCAAAGCACUAGUUUAAUAAAGCCAUACCAGCAGGAA